CGUCGUUCCUCUCCCACUUCCUCCUGUCCCAUCGGGUCGCGAAGCGGCAUUCUACUGAGAGCGGAAAAAUAACACCCCCGGAUUGCCGGAAACAAGCUGGACUAGCGAGGGCAAAAUGCACAGCCUGGUCGAGAUACGUGGAGCCGAGGACGACUGGACGGGGCUCGGGGACGCCAAGCUGCGGCGCAAGCUGCAGAACCGGCUCAACGUGAGGGCUCAUCGCAAGCGGAAGCUUCUGGCCGAGAAAGCCCGUAAGACGGGUGGUAGUGCUGGUGGUGCUAGCGACGCCAUUAGCAAUCAUGAUGCAUUAAGCUUUGCGGCGCCGGCAUCGGCUCCGCUGGCUACGACAGCAUCACGACACCAGACAUACAUCCAGACGAGGCCUGGAACAUGGGGAUCAUCGUCAUCGUCAUCGGCGCUUGUCUCUGUUGCACGCACCAGCAACAGCGACGAUGCAUCCAAGCGCGUGUUCCCCGACAUGGAGCCGUGCAAGCUCACGCUGGCGGCGCAGGCGCUUCUCGACCUCUCGCAGAUGCCCGACAGGCCACGGCCCGUCCGGGAGUUUGUGUUCAAGCUCCCGCUGAGCAGCGACCACCUAAUCAUCGUGGUCCAGUUCAACGUGCUGCGCGGGCUGCUGUCCAACAUGGCCGCCCUCCGCCGGAUGGAGGAGCUUCGGGCCCGGUAUCCGGAGAAGGCACCUCCGCUAUUCCCAGGGCCAUCGUGCUCGCCGUUGUCGUCGCCAGACUAUUCCUCGUCGUCGUCGUCGUCGUUAUCGCCGCCAUCAGCAGACGAUAGGGAUUGCCACCUGUCGGCAGUCCCAGCCGAGCUCCUGCCGACGCCCCUGCAGCGCAGCACACUGCACGGCGAGUGGAUCGACUACUGCCCGUCGGGGACGAUGCGGGACAACCUGGUGCGGCACGAGCAGGCGUUCGACCACGAGCAGCUGCUGCGGGACAUUCUGGGCAGCGUGUGCGACUCGGGCCCCGGGGGCGAGGAAGGGUGCGGGUUGAUAGUGUGGCAGGACCCGUGGUCGCCGUGGGGGUGGGAGCUGACCGAGGGGUUUGCGCGCAAGUGGUCGUUCCUGGUCGAGGGCUGUGACGAGCUGCUGGCGAGCACGAACCGCUGGCGGGCGUCGAGGGGUGAGGAGCCGCUAGUGAUUGAGUUGUGAGGGAGCGUGCCUGGUUAUUGUUUGUUUGUGGACGACAUGAAGGCGGGAGUUCAGAUCGUGCGGCAGAUUGGGGCCCGUUUGUCGAGGCACGGUGUUGCCUGAGGCAGGCCUUUGCGCUUGCCCUGGAACAAACCGUCCCAACAACACCUCUACACCAACACCUCUAGCAGUGACAGCGCGCCGCGUCAUCUUG